AAUUACCAAGCAGGAAGUUGAAGUGUAUAAGCACGUGCAGCAGUGACUAUUCCGCACAUGGUAUCACAUUAGUUAAGAGAAAAAUGGCGAAUACAGAAGGUGCCUCUCGUUCUAAUGUGUCAUGGGCUCAACGAAAAGACAAACUGUUGAUCACAAUACAUGUUGCAGAUUGUGUUGAUCCUAAAAUUCGUAUUGCCGAAGGAAACAUCUUGAAAUUUGAAGGAGAAGGGGGACCACAAAAACAGAGUUUUAAAACUGAACUCAAGUUUUAUAAAGCAGUUAAAGAUGAGUUCAAACAAACUAUUGGGGGAAGAGAGUUAAAUUUAGUAAUAAAAAAGGUGGAAGAAAAUUGGUGGCCUAGACUGCUACUGGAAGAAAAAAAGCAACAUCACUUGAAAACAGAUUUUACCAGAUGGAAGGACGAAGAUGAUUCUGACACAGAUGAACCUGAUGAUUUCAACUUGAAAGAUAUGAUGAAUAAAAUGGGAGGUGUCGAGGAUGGUGAAGAAAGUGAGGAAAAUAGUGAUGAUGAUUGUCUUCCUGACUUAGAAUAAAACUGGCACACUUGCUUGCUGCAGAGCUAACCAGGGGGGAUAUAUUAUCAUUCUUUCACAGCUACAGCAGUUUUGGCCCCAAAUCCUCAAGAGCUGUUGUAAACUAUCUGCCUGUCAAUGCUGCAUCACUUCAUCAAGAUGUACUCUGGAUAUCUCCCUCCCAUUUCACUGACACCUCUGUUUCUCUCUCAUUGUUAUUGUAGCUCUGUUAUUCACCUGUCUUAUGUUUUCCCCCCAACAAAACUCUCCCUUACUACUGUUGUAUUAGAAAUCCUUACCAAUAAUGUGUUAUGAUUUUUUUUUUAAUUAUUUAGCCUCUUUAUUUCAAUUGUUCCUUCUCACCUGAUUAUUGUAUCCUGCCAUCCAAAUGUGUCUGUUAGCCUGACACUUUUGUAGCCCUUUCUUGUGGAGGAGAUGUAGGAAGAGUAGCUCUUGAGGCAGACGUUUGAUCUGUUUGCUGCUGUUUAAUCAUUCAUUGAUCCCCCUCUCCCACUUGUUUUUGUUUCCAAUCAAUUUCAGUUCAUGUUCCCUCUCCCACCACCACCUCCACUGAUAGGCUCCAAGAACAAAUUAGAAUGUUUGGAAGCAAUGACGUUAUGAAUGGCGGCACUGUCUGCAAUAACCAAUGUGUGCAUGUGGGUAUGGUUGUACGUGUGUGCAUGUUCCACUGUUCUUUUCUCUGACAUGUGUAUUUUAGUUGGGUGUCAAUCUCCUGUCUAGGAAUCACCUGGAAAGAACCAGUCAGUAUGCUACAACAGUCCUCUCUCCUUCCAUCUACUUCAAAAAAUAAAUAAAAUAGAAAAUGGAUCAAAGAAAGAAAGAAACCAAACAUAUUGGUGGUGGGUUUUGCCCUUUUUCACUAAAUCCAUCAGAGGGUCUUAUGUAAGGUGCUGUACCAGAGUGUGUCAAGUUAGCUGUCAAGGUUGGCAGGAGGGUAGACAAACUCUAUCAUAACUAUGUUAUUCCACCUGUUGCUAGUUUUUGCCAUGUUCUUCAAUUUGAAACUCUCUCUCUCUCUCUCUCUCUCUCUCUCUCUCUUAGGUCAUUUGUUCAGUUCUAAUAAAAUUCGAGAGCCAUGCUUCA